AUGGCAACAACUACCGAUGGCGUCACAGUCACGUGGGAUGCACCCACAGCCGCGGACAACUCCGGGCGUGACGUCAAACUGACCGCCAGCAAAGACCCCGGAUCGAGAUUUUACUUCGCAGACCCGCAGAACAUAGUGACGUAUACAGCACGUGACGUCGCAGGGAACACAGCAACGUGUGAUUUCUGGAUAAUACUGAAAAGUGCUUCUUCGACAUGCUCUGAGAGCGACUUACCGACUGUCACAAACGGCUACUUCGGUGCGUGUUCUGUCUCUAACGGGGUGAAGUCCUGUCCUGUCGUCUGCAACGACUCUAACAACCGCCUGACCCCGUCCUCGCGCGUAAUCAGGUGCCAACCGGAUGGACGGUGGGAGAGCGGAGUUUAUAUUUGCAGCAGAGGACGUUCGCCGCUGAGCGUCUCCAGUUCUGCCAGCUUCAGCAUCACGACUGCGCCCUGCCACGAUGACGCAGAGUUUCUUCACACCGUCACGUCCAACAUGGUGGACCACUUCGGCCAAACGGGCGUCUGCUGGUCCGCCAGCCGAAACUCCGUACCCCUCUGCGAGACCGGUAACGACGGGACCUUCCCAAACAUCAGGCUAUCGUGUCGUCAGAACAACGUUAACUCUCGCAAGCGGCGAGAUUUGGCAGCCAACUCUCGCGGGCGGCGAGAUUUUGCAACCAACUCUCGCCGCCCGCCGUCAGGGGUGAGCUUGCUCACAUCUCGCGAGAGUUCAGAAUCUAUCAUACAUCUGACGCCAGAUAAUUUGUCCAAUCGGGCUCUACGCGACGUCGGAGGUCAAUUUCUCAAAAUCUCUAAAGAAGCAGAACACUCGGUUGAGAACAUUGUUGUCAAAAAUCCGGCAGGAAAUUCACAAAGUCGACGUGUGAAGCGGGAGGAAGGCGGUAUAGACGUUUUGUUGGAGAUGAAAAUCAACAUGGCGGCCGGUGACGUCAGCAGUAUUCACCAGGCCGAGGAGCGACUGCAAAACGUCAUCGAUGACGUCAGGAGAAGAGUGGUCACCGGUGACGUAGUCGUCCGCGUCAAUGACGUCACCUACACCGCUGACGCUGACUCCUUCUCGUCUACAGAUAUAACCGUAGACUGUCCAAAAGACACCGAGAAAAAAGGGAACUUGUGUGUUGAGAAAGAUGAGCCGGACGGUGGUCUGUCUACCACCACCUGGAUCGGGAUAGGAGCUGGUGCCGCCGCCGCCUGUGUCCUCAUCAUCAUCGCUAUCGUGAUAAUCUGGCGCAGAGGGAGCAAAUUCCAGACCCCAACACGGAGACACUCGCAGCUCAAUACCUUCCACAACCCAGCCUUCGCUGACCCUAUAUAUGACGUGAUUAAAGACAAGCCGAUGGUUGCACGAAACGAGUAUGCGGAAAACCCCGGACCGUUAGGAGACGACGGCGGCUACGAGAUUCCCCCCGCAGCGCGAGCGCCACCUACCACCUUUAUGGCGAACUACAACCAGGAACGGGAUCGCCUGCAGAACGAUGCAGAUGUCGACCACGACUACAGCUACCCAAAUAAGGAAAGCGGACCGUACCAAGCACUAGGCGGCACGUUUCAGCGCCACCACGAGUACCAGAGCCUGGCCGGGAUUGGUCAGAGGCGACAGCAUCCUGGGAACGAGAGCGACGGGAGAGCCAAUCAGCAGCGUCAGACCAACGUCGUUCCCAUGGCAACAGGGCCUGUAAACAACAACAGCGACCAGGCAGUAACUUUCAACUGGGGACGCUGAGCAGGACAUAUCAAAGACAGAGAUUUUUAAAAACAAACUUUAUACAACUGCGAUUUUACUUCUAAACUGCUACAGUUAAAACUACGGACGCUAAGCAGAAUAUCAUGAGUCAAAGGAACUUAUAAAACUUAAUACAACCGCGCUUCAAAACUGAUACAGUAAAAACUGAGAAUGCUACGCAGAUGCAGAGAAUACCAAAGAAAGAUUACAAAAUCUAUAUGUAACUGCGCUUUUAUUAAAUUACCAUGAUUGAGACAAAUAUACCUUUUGCUUCCAAUGCAUUAAGAGCAUUGUAAAAAUGCAUCACUUAGAUACCCACAAGAUUAAUAUGCAUCAGACGGGGAUCCUAUCAAUAUAAAUUUGGUAUUUCAAAACAUGUAUAAGUUAUAGAUUUGAUAAAUAUUUAACGUGAUGUAGGAAUUGACUUCUAUCAAAAUUGCGACAACGGGUGUGUAACUAGCUAGCUUACUAUUGACUAUUAACAACAUAAACAUUGACAAUAUGUCUUAACUCCAUGACAAUAUGUCUUUACAAUAUGUCUUUGCUUUGUAAAAUAAAUGCUUGUUCAAA